UUGGAACUGUGUGCAAACUGUGUUACUCUAAAAUGAGUCUUUCAUUUUGGUACUUGUUCGUGGCUUUCGUCGUUGGCGUGAUUGGCGAAGAACCAAAUUCUAACACAGGGCGUUUGGGUUUGCCGAUUUUAGAAAGCGUUUCGGGAUUCGCUUUGGAGCGGUUGUUGAACAAGCAUGACUUCCUGCAACACCAACUGCUAGAGCAGAGUAAGUCCAUUGCAGCAGUUCAAUCGCAGCAGAGGCAGAGCUUUGAGCUACUAACGAAGAUGCUGCAAGAUGUGCAAAAUCAGCAAAAGCAAGAUCUGGCUGAAGCAUCUAAGUGGAAAACUGAGAUUCUAGCGACUAUUAAAACUAGCCAAUUGACAAGUACCAACUUAUUGGCUACGUUGCAACAACAGAUUCAACAGCAGAAGAACGAUACAGCGACGGAUCGAGCUGAAUUUUCCAAACGGUACAUCAAGUCUCAAAAGGACACUGAAGAUAUCAGGGAGAAGCAUGAUCAGAGCAUCAAACUGUUGAAUAGUAUAAAACAGGAAAUGCAAGUGCAAUCCGAUGAGACUGCGAAAGAUCGAAUAAGUGUUUCGAAAUGGCAAGCAGAUAUCAAUACAUCGAUUGCGUCCAUUCGAAAUGAGAUGGACACAUGGAAGAAGGAUUUUCUUGGGGUGUCGACUUCAGAACGAGAUGAUCAAGUGCAAAGCAUCAAAUUAUUGCAAAAAGAACUGGAACAGCAGAAAAACGAUACAUGGACGGAUCGAGCUGAUUUUGUGAAGUGGCAAACAAAAUCACAAAAGGACAUGGAAGACAUUAAAGAAAAGCAUGAUGAGAGCAUGAAACUAUUGACUAGCAUAAAUCAGACAGUGCAAAGCCAAGGGUUCGAUAUACGGAGAUAUCGAGGGAUUCUUUCGAACGGGCAAACAGAUAUCAAUACAUCCAUCAGGAACAUUCGAAAUAACAUGGAAAAAUGGCAGAACGAUAUUCUUAAAAUUUUCGAUUCCAAUCGAGAAGAGCAAAGGCAACAGUUUAAACUUUUGCAACAACAAAUGGAGCAGCAGAAGAACGAUACAGCGUCGGAUCGAACUAGGUAUUUGAACUGGUACAAUGAGUCUCUAAAAGUAAUCGGAAGUAUUCAAGACAAACAGGAUCUGAACGGCAAGUUAAUUUCCAAUUUGUCGCAAAAUCUGUCGCAGCACUUUGUUGCUUAUUGUGAACAAGAAAGGCAUGAAAGAGGAUGGAUGGUUCUUCAACACCAUUUCAGUGCAACACUUGACUUUGACCGCAAUUGGACCGACUAUCGAAACGGGUUUGGUGAAGCUGGAUCAGCUGGAGCUGAUGUUUGGAUUGGGUUAGAGAGGAUUCAUCAAAUAACGGCAGCCCAGCCUUGCGAGUUGCUCGUGGAACUAAUGGACUUUGAUGGUACGUACAAAUUUGCACGGUACAGUCAGUUUGCAAUCGGCAAUGAAACGGAACAGUAUCGGAUCAAUGCGCUUGGAGUGUACAAAGGAUCUGCGGGAGAUGCACUUCGGAACCAUAGCGGGGUGAUGUUUUCGACAAAAGAUCAAAAGAGGGAUAAUGAUGCAGAUGAUAAAAGCUGUGCACAGCAGUACAGUGGUGGCUGGUGGUUCAAGCAAUGCCAUUUUGCCUUUUUAAACGGAAAAUAUAACUCCGAGAGCAAAACUGGUAUUCAUUGGUUCCCAUUCAAAAACAGUUGGAGCGGAUUAAGUAGUUCCAGAAUGUUGGUUCGACCUUUAUAA